AUCCUUUGUUUCAUGCAUUCGAUAAGUCGGUCACGAAUGAAAAUUUCGAGAAUUCUAAUUACAAAAUGUUUUUAAUGCGCUCAUGUAUUACAUAUGAGAUUCGCGAGACUUUUUCUUUCGAUUACAACGUAUUGUAACCAAGAAGUUCGGAGCGUUUCGUUGAGUUUAACGAACUUCUAGCCAAGUGUGGACGACUUUCUGGCGUCUAUAAAUAAGCCUUCUUUAUUUCAUCUUGUAAUUUUAAAGUAAACUCUAUUUAGUUUAUAUUAAGAUUUACAAAAAGAGGAUUUACGUAACCUUGUAGAGGUGUUGCAUGCUUGAUGUUGAGAGAGUUAUUUGUGUUCUGUUUAAUUUUUUGUUUGUUUUAUGUAAACAUUAAUGAAAGCUCACAUUCCUAAUUUUUAUCUUGCAGAAUUAACCAUUUAGAGAAUACCAUGUUGGGUAAUUCUACUGCCAUUCAACGUCCAAGAGACCAAGCUUCUACUAAUGGAGCUCAAAGAAGUGCUGGAAAGAAGAUAUCAGCUCAAACGAUGGAAUACAAUUCAAGCCAUCCACACAAUGUUUCAAAUUUGGAGUUGGAUCACAUAACGCUCUGGCGACAUCCAAUUAUAACGUUGCAUUAUUUCUUUAGCGAAGUGUUUAUUCAUAUGCUUAGUUUAGUGAAGAAAACAUUACUCUACAAACGAACUGUAUGUGCUAUAAUUUCAAUUACAAUAUUAUUUCUUCUGUUAGGCAAAAUCUCUGGUCCCCAACAAGAGAUUUUUAGAUUGUGGGAGGCCAAAAUUAUAUGGUGGUUAUACUGGGUAGGAUUAGGUGUAUUAUCAAGUGUAGGUCUUGGUACAGGUUUGCAUACCUUUGUAUUAUACUUAGGACCACAUAUAGCAGCUGUUACUAUAGCAGCAUAUGAGUGCGGUGGUUUAAACUUUCCGGAACCACCAUAUCCUGACGAAAUCAUAUGCCCAACAAAGAUUAAUCCAAUGUGGACUGUAGGUAUAUUAAAUAUAAUGAAAAAAGUUCGUGUAGAGGCCAUGCUGUGGGGUGCUGGUACCGCACUUGGCGAGUUACCGCCAUAUUUUGUGGCUAGGGCUGCAAGAUUAAAUGGAAAAAAUAGUAAUGAAAAUUUUGAUCAAGAAGAUUUAAAAGAGCUGGAAGAAUUGGAAGGUUUGGAAGUGUUAGAGAGUGGAGAGAACGUAUCGUUUGUAACGCAUAUAAAAUUACAUAUAAAAUUAAUAAAAUUACGAAUAAAAUCAAGUAUGAAGCGAUUUGUCGAAAAGGCUGGAUUCUGGGGCAUAUUAGCUUGUGCAUCGAUUCCAAAUCCCUUGUUUGACCUGGCUGGUUUGACAUGUGGACAUUAUCUCAUUCCAUUCUGGACAUUCUUUGGUGCAACUCUUGUAGGAAAGGCUGUUAUUAAGAUGCACAUACAGCAAUUAGCAGUGAUCAUAGCCUUCAAUGAAGAACUUUUAGAUAAAUUUAUUAGCUUGUUAGCGGUUGUACCGUUCGUUGGUACAAAAUUCCAAGAACCAUUAAAGAAAUAUUUCAUUGCACAGAAACAGAAGCUACAUGAUAAAUCGUCUAUGGAGGGAGCGACUACAAUAUCAUGGCUGUUUGACAAAUUUGUAACAUUGAUGGUUUGUUAUUUCUUAGUGUCAAUUGUUCAUUCACUAGCGCAAAAUCAUCAUCGUAGACGAACUAAGCCAGCCAUCGAUUAAAACUUACAAAAGACAUAGGAUAGUUAGAAAUAUAAAAUUAGUUUCACUGCAACAUAUUUAUAUAGAUAAAUACAAUCCAUUUUUAAGAAGGCAAGAAAAAUAAAGGAGAGCAAGGAAUGUGUUAUAAAGUUUCACAUAAUUUCGAUGUUACGAUAGAAACGUUUUGUACACGAUGAUGCAGUGUUAAGUGACUUUAUUCUCUUUUCUUCUGAAUAUACGUUCAUAUUGCUACAUUUUAUAUAAGUAUCUGUUGCAAGGAUAUAUCCUGUUAUAUAUGUCUACAUGUGCGUAUGCGCGCGCGUAUGAGUGUGUAUGUAUGUGUGUGUGUGUACAUAGAUACAGGUCUUUUAUAAACAAGAUUUAUGUACAGCGCAUGAAACAAAUAUCUAAUGAUAUUCUGCAAUUUUUCUGCACAUUCAAUUGAUAUUGAAGCUUCUGCGUAUUACAUCGAUAGCAAGGAUUGUAUUCAGACAUUUGCGAGUGAUGGAAAAAAAAGUACAUGCUGUAAUCAAUAAAACUAGUAUCUAGCCAAAUUUCUAUAAGUUUUGUAUACGCGUUUUAAACACACGGGAGCGGCGAGAAUCUCACAUUAUCUACCCAUAAUCUCGCAUUAAUAAAAAAAAAAAAAAAUGUAUAA